AUGGCGCCUUUAUGGUACGAGUACAAUGAUCCGCAACAAGCACUUAAAGGCAUUGUAUAUCCACCGAAUGCCGUUGAGCUUCGUCCAUUCAAUACGAUAGCCUGUUAUCGAAUGACUAUUGGUCAAUCGAACAACUUUCGUCAACACCCAAUUUCUGUGAGUGAAAACUCUACGGAAACGCUCAUAUUAAUGCUCGAUACUUUUGCACAACAAUUUGGUGCCGAUCUGAGCUUUACAAAGAAUGACGUACUGUUCGAUAGAAGUGCCUAUCGUAUUGCUUGUGGAGUAGCUAACUUGGGUAAUGUUCAUCUCCUCGUCACGAAUUAUAUUGCAACGGCUAAAUUCUCAGUUAUGAUUAAUAUCGACUAUGACAAAAGUCUCGCUGGAUUGGAUGAUACAAUCAAAGAUUUUCUGCUAAACUUUUCUGAACGAAUUGCUAGAAAAUUGAAUUUUUCUGAAGAAUAUUUGCGAAUCUGUUCUGUCGAGAAGUUACCCGAGACGCCGAAUAUGAUGAUUGUUCACUUUGGUUUUACAACUCCCAAUCGGAAAGAUACUGAGCAGAUAGCUCGCGAUUUUCAGGCACGAGCUCGUGUAGGCUUCGGAGACGAUACCGUACUUCAGUAUGUGAAACCUGGCGAAUACACAUACUCUUGGGUGCCUAUGCUAUCCUAUCUUCAGCUAAAUGCAAAUGAUUUCGCUCGAAAAAACAAUGUGGACUAUAGAAAGUCAGGUUUACCUGAAUCUGAACGACAUGGAGGUUAUCCUUACUAUUUGCCAAUUGGUUGGUACUAUCAUGCACUCAAACUCGACCAAAAGUAUUCAGAUGGUGAUGUCUGGUUUGGCUCUGUCAAUGCUACAGGUGAAUGGCCAGUCGCCUUCCAUGGAACGCAUUCCAGUACAGUCGAUGGUAUUACUCAGAAAGGUCUCGUAACAAGUGUCGUUGAAGCAGAUACCGCAAGUUCGAAAAUGAUGGAAUCAACCAUGAAUCAACCGGAAAUCUAUUUGACUACUCACUGUAACGGCGGUGCUCAUCCACACUAUACAAAACCGUUCCAUUUGGAAAUACCGGAUAAAAAGAAGAACACAUUUCGUAUUGUUUUUAUGUGUCGUGCACAGCCUGGCAAGUUCACUACUCAUCAAGUUAGUACUUCAACAGGUCAUACGUGGCGUUUUGUCGAUCCUGAUGCUGUUCGACCCUACGGCAUUCUAAUUAAAGACGAAGAUACACUUGACAAGAGCUAA